AUGGAUCCGAAUGGCCUAGAAGAGGCGUUGGACCUGUCUCGGGACAGGUCACAAUACCAGGGCGUUUAUAUCUACCAACCCGCAAAACCUGGGAAACCCGCCGCCGAACGAGCUCCGAAACGUCGCAAGGUCUCAUCUGCUGACAAGGGAGAGCAUACUUUCAAUAACGAGACCUUCGUUCCCUUGCUGAAUGGGGAGGAGAGUACGGAGAGUGUGCAACUACGACAUGAAACCUACGAACAACUGUGGAAGAUGCAGGAGGACAAGAUUCAAGCAAUUCUCGAAGAUGUGGAUGCCGGUGUCUUGGCAGAUGUUCUGUCUUUUGUGAGAGAGACCUCCCCCCAAACAUGCGAUGGAUGUAUUCCAACAGCGUUAGUGACAGUGGGCUCUAACGUCUCGUCAUUGAGCCGUCUUCUUGCGCGUCUCAAUGAUCAAUUGAUCUCGAACGACGAGGGUGGUGUCGUGGUCUUGGAGUCAGGCGACGCCCCUAACUUGAAAACAGCCCUGAAGAACAUCAUUCGAGCGGCGGUUGCUAAUACCGAGGGAAAUGAUGGGUAUCAAAGAUUGCUUACGGAUCGUUCUGGGCCUCGAGUACUCGGAUAUGACUUGGAAUUGCUCAACGAGUACGUCCAAAAGAAAGGGACCAACAAGCUGGUUCUCGCGCUGCGGGAUAGCGAAGCUUUCGACACAGGCAUGCUGACAGAUCUGUUGUCGCUAUUCGAAUCAUGGCUCGAUCGCAUCCCAUUCACAUUGCUACUCGGAAUCUCCACAUCCGUUGAGCUUUUCGAAGGUCGACUUCCCCGGUCGUGUGUUUCUUUGCUCCAGGGCAAGCAUUUCGAAGUACAAGAAGCAGGCAACUGUGUCGACCGAAUCUACGGAGCUCUUCAAGCCGGAACGGACAACAAGUUGUGGCUCGGUCGUAACAUUACUAGCACCCUGUUUGAAAAAGCGAGUGACUAUUUUCAAACACCAGAGACGUUUAGUCGCAUGGUCAAGUAUGCGUAUAUGUCACAUUGCUUCGCCAAUCCUCUGUCCGCGUUACUCUUGCCAGGUCCCGCGAAUCCGGAACGGUUUCAGGGUAGUUUCCUCGAGGCCGUUCGAAAUUUGCCAUCUUUUCGGAUGCAUUGUGAAGACCUAAUUGAAGCUGGCUCGUCCGAUGAAGUCAGGGAUUUGCUCGAAAACGACCAACAUCUCUACCAAGAAAUGUUCAAGCAUUUUGACAUCGGCCGGCAAAGAAUGCGGGACAUUUUCGAUGUCGUAUAUCUCAUUUGCGGCUGCCUCCAACACACCCAGAGUACCAAAAAGACGCCGUUCUCGGAACUUUCAGUGCGUGCCCUAUCUGGCGACCUUGGUGAAUCGCAAGUUGUGGAUGACAUGAUCGCUACUGUGAGAGCAAUGGAUUCAGAGAAACUCUCGAGUGUUCUCAAAGAUCUUCCGGAGACCUUGUCCAACGAUUCUACUCUCACCGAAAUCAAAACCGACUUCAAGACAUUGCUGGAAACAUCACCAGACUCCGAGCCCUUGCGCAGCGAGUACAACAUCAACAGUUCUGUCACCAAGACAACUGUUGUCCAGCAACGCAUCCAGCUCAGCAAAGGCAAAGCCAACCUAUCCGGGCAGGAUCUCGAGUAUACCAAGAUCGUCGACCGAUUGGUUGCCGCUUUGCAGGAGUAUUUCACAGAGACGUUGAUCCGGCCACAGGAAUUGUUUAUGCAUGAAGCUUUCCUUUUCGAUCUGCGCAACCCGCUCAAGGAGAAUUUCGCACCUCGCCCACGCUUUGCUAUUGAGCGUGCUAUGGGAAGCCCUUUCGAUUACUUGAUUUCGUCGUCCGAAAACAGCCAAGGUGGUGCCAAAAUCUCUGCGAAGCAGCCACCUGCCGCGAUAUUGUAUCAGCUUUAUCUCGAAUCUGGCGCGUUGGUCAAUGUUCAUGAUCUGUGGCAAGCCUUCUAUGCCGUGUUCGAAAGCGAUUCAGACAAUAAGACGGAUGACCGUAUUGUCAUGGCCUUGUUCUACGGGGCUUUGUCUGAUCUGAAGAUGUUUGGCAUGGUUAAGAAUAGUCGCAAAAAGACCGAUCACUUGGCCAAGUCUGCGUGGCUGGGGUUGUAG